AUGUUUCCCAACACGCUCAUACUUCUCGCGCUCGCGGCAACCGGUCUAUGCCAAUCAGACAGCCCACGCACAGUCUACCUAACCUCAACCCAAGACCCUAAAUUUGUCAUCGUCCCCAAAGCACGCACUGCUGGCUCUGCCCUCGUCGUUCAACAAACUACCUCCUCCUCGACGCAAACUUGGCUUCUCACCGCCCCAUCCAACAGCACCAGCAUCCGCCUCGCCUCCACCACCCUCUGCAUAGACGCCGGCCCGCGCUCCGGCUGGAAAGACAUGGCCUUACUCUACGUCCGCGAGUGCGCUGCCGUGGGUACCGCAAACGAGCAGCAAACGUGGAUCACCAUGGCUGACGGCCGCAUUGCGCUGGCGGCGAGUAGUGGAACGAGGCUGUGUGUGGAUUUGCAGUACAUAAAAGCUGUGCAGAACAAUCCUGUUGGCAUGUAUAAUUGUGCAGGACUGGGGAAUAUCGGGGCACAGGACAAGGGGCUUAAUUGGCCUAUGGUUGAUUUCAAGUCUAGUCAGUCUGCCUGGACGGCUUAG